CUUGCUCUGUACUCGCUAACGUGCUUGUUCCAAAAUAUUCGGAAUACUAUCGCUGUGUUCAACAUAUCAGAAAAGAAUCUUCUUAGUUGACACCGAUUUAUGACUCCGACUGAAAGAUUACCUCAUUUGGAGCACAAACCACAGAAAGGUGUUUCAUGGAACUAUGAAUUGUGGGUAAUAACCUGGACGUAGAAAUCGGCCAAGAGGUCCGCAGUUAAGCCUCAGUUGGACAGGAUAGCUGUGCAUUGAAGGUGAAGUCUGUGGGACCUUAUCUUGCUGAAGGGAAUGGUUGGAGGAAGAUGGCUGGGUCCCUCUGAACACAGGCCAGGAAACUGUUGGCUACUAUUGUGUGACCCCACUCUGGCAAUGAGAGCUGGUCAAGCACCAAUAGGAAAUGGAAGCUUGUGUGUCGUCUGCUUCUGUGCGGAGAUGAAUCAUAAUUCUACAAAAUGUGAACUCUAAUGGAUAAUGAUUCUGCUUGCAAUGCAUCAUGGUACUAUUGUGUGACAACCUCUUCGCAAGCAUGGAUAACAAUAUAUGUAAAUAGGUGCUGGAAGGGUUCUCCUUCUGAACAGUUACAUUUUUAAACAAGGAUUGUUUUUGGUGUUCAUGAUGGAAGAAGAUCACUUGGCAUGUUUGGGCAAGCAUAAGUGUAAUUCUUCACGCUAGUCAAGAUUAUGGCUACAAAAAACCAGCCGUUUCAAAACAAACCUGAUCUUGACACUGUCCGAGAGCGAGCUAUGCAAGCAGUGGAGUACUACCAACAACAGGUGGCACCAACAUACUCUGGUAAAAGUGUCAGUCGAUCAGGAGGUUACUCCGGCAGCCAUUCUAACAUUGACCGUAAGGAUUAUCUUGAAGGAUAUGCACACUCCUCAACAGAGGAUGCCUUGAAUUCAGGGAUUGAACCUGCCUCAUCUAAUAAUUUCUAUCGUGCUCAAAUGAAAGCGGGAAUUAUCGACAUGCGCAGCUCCAUGAGUGAGCGGAUAGGAACAGGUAGAAGUCGAGCAAGGACGUUCCAUGGCCCUCAUGGUCAUACAAACAGAACAAGAACGCAAAAUUUUAGCAUAGAUAAAACCAAAACACCGUCAAAACCCUCAGUUCCCCCAAAACCUGUAGAGAAAUCCUCCUCAUCUCGAAGGACUAGUCGUGGUUUAUACCGAAGCAAUAGUAACCUUGAGAUGGACACAGUUGAAGUUGUGGAGGAGGGCCUUCCACCCGCAGCAAUUCAUCGGGAGUAUGGUAGCACCUCCUCCCUAGAUCAGCUAGGGACUAGCACUGAAAACUUCUUUGCAAUGUUGAGGGGCUACCAGAAUGAAAACCCAGAUCAGAGAAGUCCUGCUCCGCCACAGUUGCAGGAAGUGCUUCGUGGCAAGGCUGAUGCCAAAGGACGCUUUCUUAAUGGUGCUGCAAUGAUGGACAAAGAGUCAGAGGAAAUUAGUGAUAGUCCCAAAGGGAAAAAUAAAUCAAAAUUCAAGGAUAGGAAAGCACGUGCUAAGUCAAUAACUGAUGGUAAUCCUGGCAUUCUGAAGAAAGUGUUUGGCGGAAAGCCUGAUGCUGAUGUCACGGGGAAAACAGACUAUAGCUUUCCUGAUGAUGGUAGGGCCGAGGAACGGUAUAGGCGGAAAGCUCUUGCACACUUUGAUUGUCAGAGUGUUGGUGUGAAUUUGAGCGAUAUAAAGAACAAGAAUCAUUCAGGGAUUAUGAAAAACACUGCAACAGGUGCUUCUGCUGCCUCCUUCAACAGGAACAGUUACGCAGGAGACAAGGACGAUCCAGACAUCAUUGCUGGGACCGAUGAAGGGGACGGCAAGAGCAAUGAGCUUGUAUUGUCGUGCCCGUUCUUCCGGAAUGAGAUCGGUGGUGAGGAGGAGAGGAUUGUGAGUUUGACAAAGCUGACUGCCCAGAAGCGUGUUCAGGGGGCCAGCAGCAGUAACAGCAGUAAUCAUAUUCAUAGUGCAAUGUCUUGGUAUCGACAUCCUGCGUGUUGCGGGGUGGCCGUUUUGGACUCUUCGCCUGCACCUUCUGGACAUGUGUUACCUCCCCUUAUCUCUCAUAAAGGUCAUGUGAUUGAAUAUGUGGAUUACGGAGCAUAUUACUACCGGCACUUCUUCUUUAGCUAUGAUCAUCAAAACUUCUUUGGCAAUGAUGACAAUCUUGGCCCAGUUGCAAUCAGUAUUCGCCGGGAGAAGGUUGAUGCAGACGAGCGGACAAACCAUCUUGGCAAACCAGACUAUGGGUUUUAUCAGUACAGAAUUAUCUGCAGAACAAGUGAGCUGACUACAAUACGAGGAUCUGUGAUAGAGGAUGCCAUCCCCUCGUCAAGUCGACUCAGCAGUUCGCGUGGUGUGCCUGUCAAGGAAGUCCUUGAGUUUGCUUUGCCUGAAGUGCAACUAUCUAGCCUCAAACAGGCUGUACCGGGCAUGAAAACAGCUGAACAACUGCUGAAAGUGGAUGAACAAGGGAUCAGCAACACAUACAAGGUGGGGAUCAAGUACUGCAAGUCAGGGCAGGCUUCGGAGGAGGAUAUGUACAAUAAUGAGCACAGUUCCCCUGCUUUUGAAGAAUUCCUCAAACUCAUUGGGAAGAAGGUCAAGUUAAAAGGUUUCGACAAGUACAGAGGAGGGCUUGAUUGCAAGACGGACUCCACCGGAACACACUCGUACUACACAACUUUCGAAAACUGUGAGAUCAUGUUUCACGUCUCCACUAUGCUGCCCUUCACCCCAAACAACAGGCAACAGCUAUUGCGUGAGCGGCAUAUUGGGAAUGACAUCGUGACAAUCGUGUUCCAAGAGCCAGGGUCCCUCCCCUUCACGCCCAAGACAGUGAGGUCACAGUUUCAGCACGUGUUUAUCAUCGUCCAGGUGCUCAGUCCCAAUACAGAGAACGUCCAGUACAGAGUUUCUGUCACAAGAUCCAAAGAUGUGCCACCAUUUGGUCCACCCAUACCUGAAAAUGCUUCAUUUACAAAAUCAGCUGAAUUUGUCGACUUCCUGCUUGCAAAAGUGAUAAAUGCAGAGAAUGCAGCACACAAGUCUGACAAGUUCCGAGUGAUGGCGUCACGUACACGCCAGGAGUACUUGAAGGACCUUGCAGCAAACUACAGCUCAGCAAAUUCUUUAGACUCAGGAUCCAAGCUAAGUAAGUUUGCGCUCGGCAGUGGACGGAAGAAGGAGAGAAGCAAGCAGAAAGUGGUUCCUGAUCUGUUUGCUAAGGGCGGCAUUGUCUGGAAUGUGCAGAUCGAGGACUACAGCAACGCGUCACAGGUGGAGUGCCUGUUGGCAAUGGCGGCUGACACUGUGGUGCUGAUGGAGGAGGGAAGCAAAUACAUCAUCUUCACCAUCCCCUGCGGCACCGUCAUUGGCUGGACGUUACAGGGCUCCAGUUUACGUCUGUACUUCAACCAAGGAGAGUUCGUUCUUCUUCGACCAAUCAGUGGCGAGCGGGAGGAGAUGGAUGAAAUAAUCAGUCGUCUGUCGGCCAUUACACAGGGGUCAGAGACACUGGAGAUCAACCUGCGUCGGAACGGCCUGGGUCAGCUCGGCUUCCACAUCCAGUCCGAGGGCAUUGUGACGGAGGUGGAGGAACAUGGGUUUGCCUGGUCCGGUGGGCUCAGGAAAGGCAGCCGAUUGGUUGAAAUAUGCAAAGUGGCCACAGCCACACUCAAUCAUGAACAGAUCGUAGAUCUACUCCGGACAUCACAGCCUGUUAAGGUGGUGGUUGUGCCCCCUCUUGAAGAUGGAUCACCAAGAGGCUUCCUUACCCUCAACUCGCACUUCCAUUAUUCCUCCAUGGGGGCUCUGAAUGCCCUUAUUCUCUCUGAGCGUGUUCACACUCAGAAAGAGACUAAGUACAACAGCCAGAGAAGCUCCCUAACACUGCCGUUACAGAAAAAGUCUAGAGGAGGCGGCGACAUGAAGACCCCAUCUCCACGAAGUAUCGUGGCGUCACAACAUUCGUCAGAUUACGAACUGAACAAUCGUUACCCGACUCACGCAUACACCGACUCGACACUGUCGUCUGGUCGGGGUUCAGAUGAUGGUCGAUUGUCCCACUACAGUCAACCUCAGCAGGAUGUAUAUGAGCCAUAUCGCACAAGGGGAGGCAACCCUGAUGGUCACGUUAGCUCCGGGGACGAGUUACAUUCUAGAAGUGGAUCACAUGAUAGCUCAGAUUAUUCUCUCUCGGGAAGUGGCAAUAAACAGUGGAAUCACCGCGGCAGUGUCCAGGGUCAGGCAGCCACACAGGUUGGAAGGAGAGGAGAGCCUUCAUCGGGGAUGGAGGCAGUAUCCCAGAAUUCCUACCUUACAAGCACAGAGAGUAUCUACAGUCAGACGUCAGGCUCGUCCAACUACGGCACCCAGCGCCGCAACUACCACCAGAUGGACUACUCCUACACCGGCCUCCCCCUAACUGGCAACAUUGCGCUGGAGUUACUGAAGCAGACGCAGAAUACGAAGUACCUCCUUCGUCAGGGCAACGAACAGCAGCAGGAUCAGCUACCAACUAACUCAGCAACCAACUUGAGUCAGAUCAGUGAGGGGUCGUCCUACUCCAGUGGUUCCUCACAGAUUCAUCCAGGUCACAAGAGUCACAGUGACAACAGGCUCAACAAUCUCAAUAAGGAUGAGCCGAUAGUGCCAAAACGGAAGGACUCCCUCCAAGCCCACAGUAAAGCCAGCAAGUUCUCCCAGCACAAGAAGAACCAGUUAGACGUGUCCCCCCUCAGCAGCAACAACAGCAGCCCACGCUCCUCAAACAAGAAUUUGUCAGGCAUGUCUUCCGAGGAGUCCCUGGCCACACGGCUCCGCCCCGGCGUCAUGAACCACCUGCGGUCAGCCCGCACCACACCCAGUAACUUUCAGGAGGAGCUGAUGAGGCUCAUUGACCCAGACAUCUCCGAGAAGGAUCUUGCUACCUACACAGUCAAGGGCCCAAGUCAGCGACGCACCAAGAGGAUACAGCGGACAAUGUCUGAUGAGAGCCUACACAGCACCAAGGGUACAAUCAGUGCUAGAGAUGUAAACCACAUCGGCAGUGAUGUCAUCUUCACCACAGCAGUGCCAGCACAUGUGGCAGCCACACAGCAAGAUGAACUCUCUAAGGAACAGAGACUGUCUCCCAGAGCUGUUCUCACCUCCAAGUCCCGCCCACGAAGUCGCACAGCUGGAGAAGUUCGAGGCCACAAGGUUCCUCUCCCUGAGUCAACGGCUGGCCUAGACUGGUCUAAUUUGGUGGAUGUAGCUACAAAGGCCAUUGAAUGUGACUUGCCAGAUGGAAGUGGGAUGGAUGUACAGAAUGAGCCACAGUCUAGGGUGUCCAGGGACCUCUCAGAGGAUGUGCCCCGGCCCCGUCCCCCUACCCCACAGGACAGUGUACUAGGGGCCACGUCAAGCAACAUGUCCAGCUGGCGGUCAGCUGGUCUCAGUCCGCAGCAGGUGGUGGAGGAGCUGGAGAUGAAGGUGGUGCAGCUGCAGCAGGACCUGGAUAAGGAGAGCCGAGAGAAGUCUGCUCUUGAGACCGAGGUUCAGCAGCUGAGAUCGGACAACGUCCGUCUCCAGGAAGAAUCUCAGACAGCAGCGGCACAACUACGCCGCUUCACAGAGUGGUUCUUCAACACCAUCGACCGCCAAUGACUAGCACGUCAGUGUGACUGGAUCCAGCUGGAGUUCCAGCAGCUCUGCAGCGAGCUGAAUCACCUGCAGAAGAAUGAAGACUGCUGAAGUUAUCUCCCCUAGGGAAGGGAGAUAACUCUGAAAUAAGGAAGAGGAAGUUUUGUGCUUUCUGAUAUGGCAUAAGCUGCAUAAAGACACAAGCAUACGCAUACUGGGGAGUAACUGUUGCUUUCAAUGUCAUUUGGAUUGCAAAUGGACCUUUCUGGAGUUUACAACCACAAAAACUCAUAUGUUUUGAAAAUGACAAACUUUUCCUGAAAAAAUGAUAUUGUUUAUUCUAUAAUGGCGGAUCAUUCUAGUCCAUGCUUUCUUCAGAAAUGGCAACAAGGAAAAGUAAAUUUGGACUUGUGGCAACAAGAUAGAAACAUUAUUAGUUCUUGGUCAGAGGUGUGAUUUCACCCCAGCCAUUGAAUUCCACUGCCAUCUGAACAAGUAUUUCAACAGAGAGAACUGAUUUUACAACUCUGUUUGUGACUGGUCAAAAGAAAAUUAACUUCCUAUCUCUAGAAUCCGGACAGCCUGGUACUUCUUAUUUCCAGUUUGUUAAAAGUGUAGCAUCAUGCUCUCUUCACUGUACCAUUUGCCGUGUGUCAACACCAUAUGUCUGAACCACAUACAUUGAAACCAUAGGUUGUUCAACUGUUCAACCAGCCAUUGCUGAAACCAUUCUUACUGAAGUGAUAAUUAACAAUGAACCAGUUGUCUCGGAAACCAUCUGAUGAAGAGGUCAUUGUGAAAUAUUUGUGCAAGCAACCAGCCAUUGCAGAAACAAUGUUUUCUCAGUGAAAGUCAUUGUGGCAAGUGCCCAGCAGCCAGCAGAACUGCAAGUCAUUGUGCUCUUCCAAACUCCAGUCCGACAUCUUGUCCAGUCACACUGCCCUUCCCAGGGAGGAAGGAGAACUAUUUUGUGGGGAUUGUAACCUAGGCAUGAACCUAAGCGCUACCCAUAUGGGGAUAUACUACAUUCGUCCAUUGAGAGGAGUUCUAUUUGGUGCAACAUUUGUACAGGAUUUUUGAAAGACGAGCUGCGAUGUCCAAAUUGUGUAUAGUUGUCAGUUGUGCAGGUCAAGGCCAUGUUUAUAUAGCCCAUCUGCUCCCAUGGCAUGUGUUAUGUGUACAUUAACUCUUUAUAACCUCAUUGAAAUGCCUCAUAAUAUACUUUAUCUGUAGACUUGUACUCAUAGGUCAUAUUUCUUCAAUUUUAGAUACAUGUACCAAUACCAUUUAUAUUUGCCAUGUCUCUGGGCUUAUAUUUGUGAAGUGUUUUGACUAGAUAUUUUCAUCUUUUGCAGUCCUAUACAUUUGUGUAUAACUAAACCAGGAGAAACUUUCUUCAAGCCAGAAAUAGAGAGUCUUCCUUUACUGUCUAAAUAGAAUAGUCCAGUUGAUCUCGUACAGUAUUGAACGUGUUGUCUGUGUACUUAACCCCUAGCUUGAGGAUCCAGUUAUGUAACUUUUUUAUUGACUGACAAAUUCUGCCUAUCCUGGUACAUUUAGAUCAGUAGAUAGUCUCUUCUGCUGAAACACUGCUGUGGUUGUUCUCUUUUAAGAUCAAAUAAUUUCCUGAGGAACUUCCUGUCUGAUCAUCCAUAAUGGUAACGUAAUGGUCACAUUGAAAUUACUCUCUGCCUCAUGAAUAUUCUUGAAGAUCAUCCUUGUACAUGAAAAUUAACAUCAGUGUAAAUUAUGUAGAGUAGAGUUAUCCCUCAUCAGAGUUGUUGCCCAACAGAGCUCGUAACAAGUUUCCAUGGAAACCUGAAAAUAGACAAUGUACUACUUCUGGUCAUGUUGUAAAAUGCUGUGUUAAACUGGUCUCAGAAUCUGUUUUCCAUCCAAGUACAAUACUCUUUAUAUAGUCAGUGUAAAUAGUCUUACAUUCUAACUUAUACUUCCUUACACUUCUUCCCUUAUGUCUUCUGUCUGUCAGGGAAUGGUUUUGUAGGAUGUAUGGUGUUUAACAAACCACUGAACUAUCCAUACAUCUAUAGGCCAACAUACAAGGAUUGUCAGCUACCUGCUCAGCAGAUGAUAUGCUGUUCCAAGUCAGCAGGAAAUGUGUAUUGAAACAGGAAUGUGCCUCUAUGCUGAGUUUCUAUUGUAUUGAAUACAAAAUACCCAUGGAGUCAAUACACCUAUGGAAGGAAAGUACUUGUGAAAGUGAAAGAAGAUAAUGUUUCCUGAUCGUAGAAAGAGGUUGUGACAUUUCAUCCAAUGCAAAACAGGCAUGUGUGAUAUGAAAGUACUAUCUACCAGUGUGUAUAAGUGUUCAUACCACUGGUUACAAUAAUUCCCUUAAGUUAACUAAAUAUGGUUUGUUAGGGUGUCUAGUCAUCAUGUAGAUGAUGAAAUACAUACAAUUGUAUCCUGUAGCUGCCUUGUUUGCAAGAUCUGGAUCAUAUCAUCCCUAUUUGAAUUAUAGUAGGUCUAGUGAUGCAGGUUGUGCUGUUUCAUAUAGAAGGUUCAAAUCCAUUUUUGCCCAAAA